UACCACCAGCAGCAACUCGAAUGGCAUCAGAAGAAGCAUGAACAACAGGUGCAACGACAGCGGCAGCUUAGAGGACCCGACGAUGAGGGGCAGUCACAUUCGCCAACAUCUUCCUCGCCGCCGCCGCCACACUCGCCCAAGUCUUUGCAGCAAACAUCCCUGACAACUCUUAAGAACGACGACGAGAAAUCCCAGAGCAAGCAACAGACUCUGCUCGACGAGCAGCCAGGUCUCGAGCCGGCGCCAGUACGCUGGUCCAACGCUCCGAUCCCAUACACAACACAUGACGUUCAGAGUCCAGCGGGGCAGAGCUCAGUUGUGAGCCCAGGAGCUUUGAGUCCUGGAGGGCAAACGCUCACUUCAGACGCGAAGUGGCUGGAGAGCCAACUCUACGCCGUGCCAGUUGAGUCAACAUCAUCACCACCGCCACCGCCAAUUGGCAAGCGACGGAUUCUCGGUCUUUCUGUGCCUGUCUUCUGGGGUCUUGUCAUUGCCCUGGUGAUUGUCCUGGCUGCAGGACUCGCCGGCGGCGUCGCAGGCGGUCUGAUAGCCCAGAAGGCCAGCGCCUCAUCCGAUCCAACGUCAACCGCCGACUCCGCGUCUUCCAACCCAUCGGCAACCACGACAGCCGCAACCUCCGCCGCGGCCACCGCCCAAGCCUCCGGCAGCGUUCUCCCCGCCCCCACCGACGGCGGAUGCCCCAAGAUUAACUCGACGACCUUCACCCCGCUCGAUGCCGAGGGCGAGGCCAUGGGCCUGAGCAACGGCCAGGGCCAGAUCUUCCGCCAGCUGUGCGAGGUCAACUACCCUGGCGGAGCGGCCUAUGGCAACCCCGGCAUCUACGACAUCCUCAAGGCGUACGUCUCGACGUUUGACGAAUGCAUGACACUGUGCGCGGCGCACAACCAGGCGUAUUACCUCAAUCUCGGCAACGGGGACGUGGCGAAGGGGGGAUAUUGCCGGUCUGUGGCUAUGAUCAAGACGCCGGGCGAGUAUUGCUACUUGAAGAAUGGCACGGGUGUGUCGGAUACUUUCGGGCAUCCAAAGGACUUUGUCAGUGCAGUUGUCGUUUCUGGUCUAGAUGUCUAG